UGAACUUCCUCAUCGCAAUAUGGGCCAUAUGUGGAAACUGCUGUUGCAGCUCCUCAGUAUGGUCCCAUCGAGUCUACCGUCACUGUUUACGCUCCCUGCUCUGAAAACUCCUGCUCCAUUUCCAACUGCCGUAGCAAGCAACCGCAUGCACAAAUUAUUGCAGAUACAUCUCUCCCUCUCUUUUUUGCAACCACCUUUUCCACCUAUUCGUCAGUUGGAUUUUCGGAAUCAACUCGGACUAUCGAAGCUUCCCAACCAUCAAGAUUUACUAGAUCAAUUGAGACCGCCGCUGGAGUAAGACAAAUCCCUCAGUCAUCCAGUGACGUCUUUUCCUUCAUAGUCGUCGAAGGUACAACUAGCUGGUUGAAUGGACAAACGCCAACUAGCGCUCCAAGUCAAUCUUUCGUCGUCAUUACGAGUGCUAUAACAGUGGUUCCUGUAUCGAUUCCACCUCCACCUGCAUCGACAUCCGCGUCUAGCAGUGAAGUUGUGGUUAUAUCUACAGAAACUGUUAUACCUCUUCCGAAUACCCCUCCGGCUUCCUCCUCUCCAUACUCUUUGACAAAACCCUCCACCAGUGAGUCUGUGAUCAUAUCAACAGAAACGGUGAUCCCCCUGUCAACUCUACCAUUGCCUCAAUCGUCGUCAAUGACAACCGAAACCAAAUCAACAUCUACCGAUGAGCCUGUCAUUUUGUCAACAAAAGCGUCUACACCUCUACCAACUACUUCCCAAUCAUCUUCACCGAUUACAAUUCAGCCAGCAUCCAGCAGUAAUGUGGUAAUUACAUUAACCACCACAGAAACAACCGUUGUACCUCUCUCAACUCUACUUUCAACGACAACUGCUAGUAGUAAAUCUACAUUUACAUCAGCCAGCGCAAUUAUUUCUUCCCAGUCCAGUACAAAUUACGCAUCUCCCAAUGGAACGAUGAUUUCCAGUACUUCCACAUUCGUAUCGGUAACUCUUCCAACUGCAGUAGUUUCUACCUCGACAAUUUCUUUCAAUCUCUCGUCUAUGGCCAGCAAUCUUUCUACUACUGAAAACCCACUUUCGAGUUUGUCUCCUGUCCCAAGCCUAACAACAUCUGGACCUGAAGUCUCUGAGAGCAGUAUCAAGCCAGUCACUCCUUUACCAUAUACAACUCCCGUACCGGCGAGUUGGACAACCACACCUUUGCCUUCGGGCUCGCCUUCGGAGGUUUUGAGUAGUGGGGGCAAUUCGACGGGGAUUUGGACAGUCGCCUCAGCUCCAUCGACCAUUUUACCAAUUUUUGUUGAGCCCUCACCAUCAUUGACUGCUAGCUCUAGUUUCAACUCAGUUUCGUCAUUGGCCACUCAUACCGUCUUUUCUCCAACAUCUGUGGUUUCUCAAUCAGCUUCAGGUAGAAUAUUUACCGGUAUUGCCUCCAACUCCGGGGGGUGGAAUUCAACGUCGCAAACAGCAGCGGAAUCGACCUUCAUUACACCUACGUUGGUUACAACUGGGUCUCUGACUACUUUGACUGGAGUGAGGGAAUCACAAGCCGCUACUCAAACUUUCAAUUCUGUUUUUGCCACUUCGACAACUUUGGACUCUUCAUUUUCGAUGCCGACAUCAAUCUCCAGCUCGAUUUCGUCAUCUAGGGAUACUGUAUCUUCUGCAUAUACUCCAACUUCUAGCUCGACUUCAACGUCUGGCUUUACCUCAAUUCCCGGCUUCAAUGCAACAUCUUACGCCUCCUCCUUAUCGAAGUCUACUUCAAGCUCAAUCUUGAUUCCGGUAUUCAAUGCCACUUCAACAUUUCAAUCAAGUUCAUUGUCUACAACCGCGUCAACAUCCACUUUCAUUCCAGUGAUUGAAGAAUCAAGUUCCGUCACUUUCCCCAACUCAACAUCCUCUACAUCCACUAGCAUCAUUUCCUCAGCCACGCCCACAAACUGCGGAGAGCGUGGAGACUUCGUAUUGACUUUCGAUGACGUCCCACCAUCGUCCGUCUCCAACGCAAGCGAUACUGACGUCCAGCCGGAACCAUUAUUCAAUCCCUACCACCAAUUUCUCUUCUCCGACGGUUUCACCGUCAUUCCACCACCAAAACGUCUCCCCUUCCUCCCAUCUUCAAAACCACUCCUCCUCGAAUUCACAACCAACUUCCAAGCCAACUCCUCAGAUAGAAAAAGGGGCCCUAACACCGCAGACCAUAGCUUCUCAGGGCAAAUAAGAAGUGGCGACGAAAGACACACCGGAUGUUUCAAUUUCAAUCUCUACGGAGCAUCACUCGGUUGCGAUUCCACGGGUCCUUCAUGCGAUUUCACAUUUACGGGAUACAAGUACGACGUGGCUUCUCAAAAGACCUCUCAAGUCACCCAACAAAUCAUCCAUGUUCCCGCGUGUCCCGAACUUGCGAAUUGCGUUUUGACGACCGUGGAUUUGGAACCUAGUUUUAGGAAUUUAACUUAUUUUCUCAUGAGUGCGACGGUGGCGGGCGAACCGAAACUUUGGUGGAUGGAUGAUCUUCGUUUGGGAUGGUCGGAUAAUAGUUGUGCUAUGGGUCUUUAUCGUCAGAAUUCUCAUGUGCGUUAGGUUCUGGAGGUGUUCGGGUGCAAUUUCUGAGAAUUGCUGGGGAGAAAGGAG